AUGGCAUCGAGUAUGGUGACUAUGAAGAAAUGUGCCACAUGUAUACUGAAUUCCGAUGAACUAAAAGCCAAACCGGGUAUUACAUCAUGUGCGGGAUGUUAUCAAUCAUUUUGUCUCUCUCAUUUCAAUGAACAUCGCCAAACAUUGAACGAUACAUUAGAUAGUAUUGCUUUACAAAGAGAUGCUCUUCGAUCACGUAUUCAGGAAUUACCAGCAAAUGUAUCAAAGGAAUAUUUAAAGGUGAUCGACGACUGGGAAAGUACAAUGUUGCAGAAAGUGACCGAAGCCGCUAACAAUGCUCGACAACAAAAUCAUCAAUUGAUUAUUAGUGAAAUGGAACGCGAAUGUGGUGAACUAACCAGCAAAAUUACUUCUUUUCGACAUAACGACAAUUAUUUUGAAACAGAUUUACAAGAACUUCAAUCCACGACUGAAAAAUUAAACAAAAACUUGAACGAUUUAUCGAGUUUACAUCACAUUCAACUGAAUUUACCAACUCUCGAUUGUUCAAACAUUAUACGUAUUAAAUCAUUCGAAACUUAUUCGUUACCAGAAAUAACGAAACGCAAUGAUUCUAGCAUGGUAAAGUCUAAAAAGCAAUACAGCUCUUUUAUCGAACGUUUUCUUACGACACAACAACCUUCAACUAACAUUACAAUAGAAACACAAGGUUACGUCUGUGCUUCGUCUUCGAUGCUAAUCUAUGUUGACGACCAGAAUCCAUAUUCCCGGUAUCUAUAUAUAUUUUUUUUCCGCAGAGGAUCGACGUCAGAGUUGGAAUGGAAGGGAUCGUCAGUGCUUGAUGUGCAAUGGUCAAAUCAACUCCAGCAGUUCCUUAUCUUAUCGAGCGAUAGCCUUGUAGCUGUAGCUACUAGUGCGGCGACAUUACAGAGCGAAGAGGUUGUGCCAGAAAUGGAGAUGGAAUGGCAAUAUAUGACCCACUGGAAAGAUCUUUGCCUCAUGAGCGACAGUUCAUGUCGCUUGUUUUUAUAUAAGAUGGACAAGAACUUAUCCACUUGGUUUCUCUUAUACUGUUGGUCACCACCCACCACAUGUGCUCCAGACGAAGAGAUUACUGCUAUUGGAUUAAAUGAACAUUAUAUUGUUUUAAGUAUUCAGUGUGACGAUGAAUAUCGCUUUGCAUUGUAUCAACAUGAUAUGAAACAUUUCUCGAAUGUUCAGCUGAUUCGACCCUGUACGACUAUCCAGGCAUUACCACAUGGUGAAUGGCUCCUUUACGAUUCUACCCAAAAGCUAUAUGACGUUAUUGACUUCGAACUAGAACAACACGAAGAACCGUAUUUAUCAUCAUUGAAAGACAUUAAAUGUGUCGUUACUUGUGAUGAAACUGACAAGGUGCUAGUCGUUCUUCUCGAUAAGCGGGCUACAAAUCAGCAGUCUACAAAUCAGGCGUCUAGAAAGAAACAAAGGUUCGAUUAUAGGGGUUCAAAAUGCGACCACUACAACAUCAAAACAUACAUGAACGAUUGUUAA